AUUCAAUUACCCAUUUUCCUUUGCUUUCCACGUGUCAUCUCAUUUCCUCGACUACUCACGAAGUUUCUACUAAUUUUUUUUUUUUCAUGUAUAUAUAACCGACUCAUUUUUAAAUAAAUGCCAUAGUGAAAAUUAUUGUAAGAUGUGGCAGCAGACGUGGAAUACGCCUUACCGGAAAGAUGACGUGGAAGGCGGAGCAAGGCCGUUGUAUCCGGCGAUGUUGGAGAAUCCACAACUCCGUUGGGGUUUUAUUCGGAAAGUUUACUCAAUUUUGUCUCUACAGUUGCUUAUAACAAUUGCAGUUGGCGCUGUUGUUGUUACGGUUCACCCAAUUGCACAUUUUUUUGUGUCAACUGGGGCUGGAUUAGCUCUCUAUAUUCUUCUUAUCAUCGCUCCCUUCAUCACAUUGUGCCCGUUGUAUUACUAUCACCAGAAACAUCCGGUGAAUUUCUUGCUUCUUGGGUUGUUUACAGUUACUCUGGCCUUCGCUGUAGGAUUAACUUGUGCCUUCACCAGUGGGAAAGUAAUAUUGGAGUCCGUCCUAUUAACCGCAGCAGUUGUGCUUAGUUUGACCGUAUACACAUUUUGGGCCGCAAGGAGAGGCCACGAUUUUAAUUUCCUUGGACCAUUCUUAUUUGGUGCCCUUAUGGUUCUCAUGUUGUUUGCCUUUAUUCAGUUACUGUUUCCACUGGGUAGGCUCUCGGUGAUGAUCUAUGGCUGUUUAGCGUCCAUUUUGUUCUGCGCAUAUAUGAUUUAUGAUACGGAUAAUUUAAUCAAGCGCUACACUUACGAUGAGUACAUCUGGGCUGCUGUCGGAUUGUAUCUGGACGUUAUCAAUCUAUUCUUAUCUAUAUUGACUAUUUUUAGAGCUGCUGAAUAGUAUCCUUGACAAAUAAAUUACAAAAAUGUUACAUUUGCUCUUUAAAGAGCAUUGUUUAUCUAUGAAGUUAAUAUUGUAUACAUGAAUAUUUUUUUUUUUUGAAUACAAACAUCGUUGUUAGUAUUUGUAAGGUUGAUGGAUAUGUGAGUGAACAUUAGAUUAAAGGUUGAUAGCUGAAAUAUUAUAUUGUAUAAAGGGGUUAUAUCUGCAAAACAUUUGCCCUUAGCCGCAAAAAAGAAGUUUGAGUGAAUCAGCCCUA